CUUCUUGUUGUGGUUACUUAAGGACAUAAACAAGUUCAAAUAGCCAAUGCGUGACGAGGUCAGGUAAGAUGGGCAAGCAACAGUGAAAUUUAUCUGCCAAUGCCGGGAUGUUCAAAACAAGAAAACAAGAAAGUGAGGAACAAGAUGAGGACGACAACGACGAGGAAGAUGAUGAAGACGAGGCUGACAGCAGAGGAAGCCCUGUGACGCGCGCCUUUUCUUUCCUCAGCAAUUUUAUGUCAGGAUUUCUUCAAACUUUGGGUUGUUUUAGAAGAGUCGAGAUGCUGAAUGUCCCGUCUCAGUCCUUCCCCGCUGUGGGCUCCCAACAACGCGUGGCGCCAUCAGGACAAUCUCGGAACAAGGUGGCCUUGAAGCCAGGCCACAGUUUGAUGGAUUGGAUCAGACUGACCAAAAGUGGCCGUGACAUGACAGGGCUAAGAGGCCGUCUUAUUGACGUCACAGAGGAGGAGUUACGAAAACACAACAAAAGGAAUGACUGCUGGACAUGCAUCAGAGGUGGUAUGGUGUACAAUGUCACAGCAUACAUGGACUUCCAUCCUGGGGGUGAGGAUGAGCUGAUGCGGGCGGCGGGUAUCGAUGGCACCGAUCUGUUUGACCAGGUGCACCGCUGGGUGAACUAUGAGUCGAUGCUGAAGGAGUGUCUGGUAGGCAGAAUGGCCACGAAGGUCAGCGCCGUAAUCAAAGCUCAGUCCAAGAAGGAUGAGGAAAAGCCACAAGUGAAUGGUCUGGCUCCACCACCUUCUCCUGCUCCUCCUCCAUUUCCGUCUGCUGCGCUUCCUCCACCUAAAGACACUAGACCUCGGUACGACUGGUUCCAAACAGACACCACUGUUAAUAUUGUGGUCUACACCAAGAGAAAGAUUCCUGCAGCAGGCAGCGCGGUUGUGGACCUGAUAAAUGGUGCUCUACGGAUCGAGGUUGUUCUGGGAAAGAUGUCUUAUCUCCUGCAUUGGCGUCUCCCACAAGAAGUGGAGGAGCAUGUUAGCAUUCACACAGCCAGUGCGGUGGGGAAGAUUCAGGUGGUGUUGUGGAAGAAGGCCAAGGCUAAGUGGUCAGAGCUGGGGGAACAGCUGGACGCCCAUGACACAUUUGAGCGCCAAAAAGACCGCGAGAUCUGCUACCGCAAGUGUGUGCUCCUCGCCAAGACGGACGUGACGCACGACACCAAGCUCUUCUGCUUACAGCUGCCCCCGGGGACGCACAUGCACGUGCCCGUGGGCAGACACGUCUACCUCCGAGCCUCGGUCCAAGACAGUGAGGUGGUGAAGCCCUACACUCCAGUGGACCACACCCUGCUGCCGGACUGCUCAGCCACUGCAGGAGAUGGGGCUCACAGGCUCUUCCUCAUGAUCAAAGUUUACCCCAACGGCGUGCUCAGCUCACAUCUAGACAGCCUCAGUAUAGGUGACUCCCUGGCGGUGAGCAGCCCUGAGGGUCCCUUCAGCCUGCGUCUCCUGCGUGGCAUCACCCAGCUGUACCUGCUGGCGGCGGGGACGGGCUUCACGCCCAUGGCGCGACUCGUCCACGCGGCCCUGACCGACCUGCCCACGCUCAGGAAAACCCAGCUGAUGUUUUUCAACCGUCAGGAGAGAGACAUCCUCUGGCACUCGCUACUGGACCAACUGGCUGCCAAAGACCCCAGGUUCGAGGUGGAGUAUGUGCUCUCGGAGCCCUCUGAUUCGUGGACAGGGCGGAGAGGGCGUGUCCAGACCUCCAUGCUCACCGACCUCCUGGUUCGGCCCGAAGGCUCCAAAUGCCUGGUUUGUGUGUGUGGACCCACGGCCUUCACGGAGCUAGCGGUGGGGUUGGUAAAAGACCUGGGCUUCAGUGACGAAGAGAUCCAUGCCUUUCAGGGCUGAGACGUGUGUGUGUGUGUGUGUGUGUGUGGCUGAAAGAAAGAUGAGAGGGAGAGAGGCAAAUAAGAAGCUUGUAAAUGCUAAUGAAUGAUUAUACUCUGUACGAUUUCUGGACUAUGCACAAAGCAGUGAAAUGGGCCUUCACAUAGCAUCUGCUCUUUCAUUACCAAGUCUUUCUUCCAAUCACAGACUUCCACAGCCCUGCCAUCAACAGGCACACACCAGAUAGCUUGAGUGUGUGCCAGAUAGUGCGUGCGUGCGUGCGUGACUGUAAGGGCAAGCAACCCUAUUUCUAUUUCAUUAUGUAUGUGUGAGAGAGAGAGAGAGAGAGCAAAGAAAGGAAGAAAAAAACAUCUUUCAACCCCAUGACGACCAGGGAGCUCCUCUCUCUCCCUCUCUUCCUCUCUCUAUCUAUCUUUCUUUCUGGGUGUAUGUGUGUGUGUCUCUCUGUCUGUUUAGUAUUCCCCUCCAGCAACGCUCUGCCUCCCCCCAUGCUUGCUCCAGUCUCCUCAAAUAUUCAGAUAUUCAGACGUUGUCGUAUAUAUGAGGAUUUCUUCAUUUUUACCCUUCUGCUUGGCUUUUUUCCCCCUCCCAACUUACUGACAUCUCCGUUCAUAAAAGAGUAAGAGGCCGCAGAGAUGUCUGUUGAUUUUUUUAUUUUUUUUAUCUAGCACCUGCAAAAGGCAUGCAGAUGAGACGGGUAGCUCUCUCUCUCUCUCGCUGAACCCCUCUUCCCACACACACACACACACACACACACACACACACUCCUUUGAACUAACUUUCAUAAACACAUCCCCUUAUAUUAUUACUAUUAUUAUUUUUAUUUUUUUAUCUAAUCUAUUUUAGACCUGCUGCUCGGAGCGUCAUUGACAGACUGUC